AUGGGAGACGAUAGCGGUCCUUCGAAGUCAGAGCUGCAAAGUGCCAUGCGCAAAUUGCGCUCAAUACCCGCCAAUAAGCUUUGUUUUGACUGCAAUGCACGCAAUCCUACAUGGGCAACAGUCACAUACGGAGUAUUUCUUUGCAUCGACUGUUCGGCAACUCACCGUAACCUUGGAGUGCACUUAACGUUUGUUCGUUCUACAAAUCUCGAUGUAAAUUGGACAUGGUUGCAACUUCGUGCCAUGCAAGUAGGAGGAAAUGCCAAUGCGACUCAGUUCUUUAAACAACAUGGUUGUAAUAGCAACGAUGCGCAAGUGAAGUAUAAGAGUAGAGCUGCUCAACUUUAUAAGGAAAAACUUGCACAAUUAUGUGUAGAGGUUCAGAAGAAGUAUGGUAAUACUGUCGCUAUAGAUACAGCUGCAAUUGCUGAGGAACACAAAGAGGAAGACUUCUUCUCCCUCGAUUUUGUUCAUGCUUCUCAAAGUGCAACGUCACUAAGCAGUGAAGCUUACAUUACGAAGGAAGAGAAAGAUGAUAGUGAUUUAUCUAACGAACAUGGACCCCGUGUUGAUCAUAUCGAUUCUGAGGGUGUACCGACAUCCGCUCCUCCGCCUUCUCUUAUCUUGAAAAAACCGAUCAAAAAGGCUGGCGGUUCUAAGAAGUCGGCGCUAGGUGCGCAAAAAGUGCGCAUCAAUUUUGAUGACUUGGAACAGAGAGCUGCUGAGCACGAGAAGAAACGUACUGAGGUUGCUGGAAGUGAAGGAGAAGCUCAUCAAGGGACUACGCAAGGUGAAAAAGUGGUAGAGUUAAGCGCUCGCUUAGCAAUGCAGGACGUCAAAAGAAAGGCUGUUGAGGCGGAGGCAUCAUCAGAUCCACAAAAGGCAGCGGCUGUAGAGCGACUUGGAAUGGGAGGUUUUGGUAGACCACGUGCUGCACAUUCUGUGGCACAAGGCGUAAAACCGAUAAAACAGGCCGACCUAAGUAAACGUACGGUUCCUUCUCUAUCUCCAACUAAAAGGGACGAUGAUUGGGAAUUUGUUCAGGAUAGUGAUGUUUCCAGAAAAGAUAAGAGCAAUGAUGAUGACCUCAACAUGAAUGAUUUCUCAUCGAAGACUCAAACGGAUUUCUUUGAUAGUUGGGACGAGCAGCCGCAAAAACAGACUUCAAUGUUGAACUCAGUUAGCAGAAAACCUGCUGCACCAGCUCCAAAAUCUGAUGUAGACAUUCAGAAGAAAUUUGCUGGAGCAAAGGCUAUAUCAAGUGAUAUGUAUUUCGGCAAUAACGAGAUGGAUUUUGAAACGAAAGCAGCGCUCCAGCGCUUCGAAGGCCAGACGUCAUUAGGAUCGGCGGAUUUAUGGGGACAAGGUAGCCAACCUCAAUAUUCACAGGUUCCUGAAAUGUCUGAUAUCAAAGACUCGCUGCGGGCCGGUGCUUCUAAGGUUGCUGAAAAAUUCUCAUCACUGUCCACGUCUUUCUCUUCGUAUAUGUCGCGUGCUCCUGCGAAAUCGUAG